AUGGGUCAUAUUGCCAAGUAUUGCAAGCACUAUAAUCCAAGAAGAGACGAAGCCCAAAUGGCUCAUGAGGAGGACAACGACUCAGAAAAAGUUCUGUUAAUGGCAACCACUGUCCAAGCAGAAGGUCUAGAAGGUAAUAGUUGGUAUCUUGACACGGGAUGCUCAACACACAUGACGAGAAGGAAAGACUGGUUCGCAAGCCUCGACGAAUUAAUUAAAAGCAAGGUGAAGUUCGCAGAUGCUCGCGUUCUAAUGGCAGAAGGGGUUGGAAAGAUCACGGUAAAGAAGAAGAAAGGCGACCAAGUUCUCAUUAUAGAUGUCUUAUUCGUCCCUGGAUUGAAGAGCAACCUGUUAAGCCUAGGCUACUUACUGGAGAAAGGAUACACCUCUAGAUUGGAAAAUAAGAUGCUCAGGGUGUACGAUAAGCAAAAUCACCUGAUAUUGAAGUCACCCCUUACGAAGAACCGAACCUUCAAAGUAGAGAUUGAUGUUGUAGAUCAAGAAUGUCUUGCGGUUACGGUAAAGAAGGAGGAAUGGCUUUGGCAUUACCGUCUUGGACACCUCAACUUCAGAGACUUGCAGAACCUGAAAUCCAAAGACAUGGUGCGAGGCUUACCCCAUAUAUCUCCACCCAAUGAAGUGUGUAGUGAUUGCAUGGAGUCUAAACAGCUGAGGAACUCCUUUCAAUAG